AGCCACGUUUCUACAUCCAGUGAAGUAAAUGAGGAUGUUUUAACGUCACCCCGCGUCGGGACUCCUGUCGGGCAACAGCGUGAACCUGUGGAAACACAUUGUGUACUCGCUUUUCUCUGUUAUGCACCAUGGCCUCAUGAGCCUGGUUGUUCACUGGUGCGGUUUGUGUCCCAGCUCGAGUCCCAGAAGAGUCUUAUGAGGUCAGGAUGUCCAGUGAUCUCGCUGGUGUGUGGGAGGUGGCGCUGAGCGACGGGGUCCACAGGAUAGAGUUCGAACAUGGCACGACCACCGGGAAGAGGGUCAUCUACGUUGAUGGACAGGAACUCCUGAGACGGGACUGGAUGUUCAAGCUGGUGGGCAAGGAGACGUUCAGCGUGGGAAAAGCAGACACCAAAGCCACCAUCAACAUCGACGCUGUGAGCGGGUUCGCCUACGAGUACACCCUGGAGAUCAACGGCAAGAGCUUGAAGAAGUACAUGGAGAACAGGUCAAAGGUCACCAGCACCUGGGUGCUCAACCUGGAUGGCACUGACUGCAGGGUGGUCCUGGAGAAAGACACUAUGGACGUUUGGUGCAAUGGACAAAAUAUUGAAACUGCAGGCGAGUUCGUGGACGACGGCACGGAGACGCAUUUCUCACUCGGGGACCACAACUGCUGUGUGAAGGCCGUGAGCAGCGGCAAGAGAAGAGACGGGAUCAUUCACACACUGCUCGUGGACGGCACAGAGAUAGCGGAGUGCACUGAGUGACAGUGUGUGCGUCUACGUCAGGGGGCCGGUUUGUAUGUGUGACAAUGGGGGGGGCAUGAGGAUUGUCACUUAAAGCUGUUGGAGUCGGGGACCAGCGGACGUAGGGCUGUGCUCUUAUGUUUUGAUGACCGUGAUGUGGAGGGUAUAUUAGCCAUAUUGGUAGGAUGUUAAUAAUGUGGUGACACACAGGGCAAUGUGUGGGCAGAUUUAGAAGAUGCAGCCAUUUCAAUCACAAAUGGAUUUACUGUCUCAGAAAGGUAACCUCACACAGAAAAACAUUUUUGAGAAGUAAUCUGGUACUUUAUUUUCAUAUCAAUGCUAUCAAUUUAGUAAUAUUAUCAGUAGUGGAAGCCAGACGUGCCAUAUUUAUCUCACUGAAGUUCACCUCUGGUCGUUUACAGAUGUACUGUUCCAGUUCUCAUUUUGUAGGAAACACACACAAACACCGAAUAACCUGAGCCGGUGAACCCCACACUCCACCGGGGGCCUGUACUACGAAGCAGGAUUUGCAAGAUAAUUGAGAUUUCAGAACUACAAAGCUGGUUCGUUUUUCUUAACAGGGUAUAUCACCAUGAUAACAUAUGCGGAGCCACUCGAAUACUCCGGAGCUGUCACGUUCAAGAUAAGAGAUAAAAACCUGAAAGUACUUGCCAAUCAGAUCCCUGGAAAUCUAGAAUAACAGCCCUGAGGUUGAGGCCAAAAACAUGUUUCAUGAGGCCACCGAGGCCUCGACCUUUGGCCACAAAAUUAAAAUCUGUUAAUCCGUGAGUCGAAGUGAACAUGUGUAACAAAUUUGAAAGAAUCCCCUUGAGGUGUUCCUGAGAUAUUACAUUCACGAGGCAAAAUGUGCUGCGUGAGGAGUGAGUUGUUCCAGAUGUAAUGCAAGUCCCACGGCCAGUCCUCAUCACAUUCACAGCGACGUGACUUUGAGCCGUGACCUCCAGGCACCAAAAUGUAAUUCGUUAAUUUUUGAGUCCAAGUGAAUGUUUGUGCCAAAUUUGCCGACAUUCCCUUGAGGCUUUCUUGAGAUAUCACAAUCGUAGGAAUAGCACGCACUGACAGACAGACAACCCAAAAGCAUUGUGCCCCUGGCCGCCGGCAUGGGAGCGUAGCCAUCGCUCUGCAGUGUCCUGACUGGGUCCGUACACUUCUUAAGAGAUGACUGAAAAGGUUUUUCUGGUCCAGACUUUCCAUGUGUGUGGUUUUAAAACAGAGCUGCUAACAAACAAAGACCUUAUCACAAUAUAUGAUAAUCAGGCUUAACUGAGACCGUUGAUAACCAGCGUCAUAGUGCAGGAUGUCAGGAUGAUGUUAGCUUAAAUUAAGCUGGAUAACAAAAAGGGUUAGGGUUAGGGUUAUCCUGGGUAUUUUGACCUCACCUCGUACUACAGGCCCCUGUUGUCAUUUUGUUGGAAACACUUGGAGACACAAACAAUAAACCUCAUCCUGCUCUCACUGUGCUUCAUGCCGAUUUUCUUGUAUUUUUCAUUAAUGCACAGUAGGGUUAAGUGUCAGUGGACAAGAAUAUUUCUUGAAUGUAGCGUCAUUCCAGUGUGCACAGCCCAGGAGUGAUAUUUUGUUUCAUUCUAUGUUGAGCUGUUCAAUGGUCUCUGUUGGUUUGGUUCAGCCAUGUGAUGUUUUGCAGUAGUGUGUAAUUUAAUGGCUGUAUUAGUGUCAAAAGACAAUCAGUCCGACGUUGUACAUACUGCUUAUAGAAUUAUAAGCAGUACGUUUGUAGAAAUGUGUGGAAUUCUGCGGACCAAUCAUUUGUCUCUUUGUUAAUGUGAAGGCCAAAUGUUGUGUUAGACAGAGGUUGAACUCAACCUUUAGGCUUCAAAUUAAGGUUUGACCUUUUUACAGUGUAUGUUAAAUGUUUGUUUUAUUAUUUAAAUUGCACUUAAUAUGUUGUGUACUUAUAUGUUCUGUCUACUUAUACGUCAACACUGGGAUCAGAGAGAUACAGCAUUACAAUCCCGUCCAGGUCCUGUACAUAUGGCAGAAUAGACAAAGUUGGCUUGGACACGUCACCUGCUCAAAGCUCCAGCAAAAGAUAAAUGUAUCGUUCAUUUAUUUUGGCAUCAAAUCAUUUCCAAAGUCAGAGGUGGACUUUCCGGCUCGACACUGAUUUCUGUUACUGUAUCAUUCAGAGUAACAGAUUUAAUGUCAUGUCUUUUAUAUGUCCUGUAUUAAGGCUUUAUGUUAGCGUCUGUUUUCCACUUUUAUUUUCAGUCCCCCUACAUGUUUGUAAAAUGUAAAUUGUGAUUAACUUCAUAUCCGUACAGCUGAGUAGGUGUUUGGCCUUGAUGAAAUGACCCUUUAAUAAAAAUGUACAUUAUUGGUAAA